AUGUGGCGCAGCUGGCUCACCUUAGCUGCUUUCGGCUACAGUGCGGCAGCAAAUGCGGUGAUGUUCAUGGACUUCGUGGUGCUGAGUGAUCUCAGCUCCCGAACAUUUGCCGUCGACGUGGGUGACAUCGCUAUGACAUACAGUCUGGCUCUCUUCACAACCUUACCGACUGCAUUCUUAGUGGCGUACUUCUUGCCGCGCCAAAGCUAUUACGUGUUCGGCGCAGGUGCACUUUUCAACACAAUCGGCGCGUGGCUACGAUGGCUUAGUGCCGUGCAGGGCAAUUGGGCGAUGUGCAUGGCCUCAACCGUGUCCAUCGGAGUGGCCUUCGCCGUGUGUUGCAUGUCUUAUGCGGUCAUGGGUGAGCGAUGGUUUCCUCCUGAACUGCAAAUGUUGGCCACGAGUAUCGGUGUCCAGUCCAACUAUGCAGGCUGGUGUUUGAGCGCGUUUCUGAUCCCGACCGUUGUGCAAUCGCGGCAGGAUCUGGAGCAUUUCCUGCUCUAUCAGGCGGUUGCAGUGACUGCCGCCAUACUGCUGUUCAUACUGUUACACGAUGAGAGUGCGGGUAAAGCGCUGCCGGAAGAGAUACCAUCUGUCAGGAGAAACCUCCGGAGUCUCUCCAAGCACCCCAAAUUCUUCAUGAAGAUGGCAUGCUACGCAACCCUGGGUGCUGUAAGCUACACAAUACCUGCGGUCCAGGAUGUCUUGAUUUCGGAAACGUUGGACGCUACCCCAGCCUUCACCAAGUGGACAGAUGCGGCUUUUAUUGCUAUCGGCGUCGUCGCUGGGAUGCUCUUCUCCGUUCGGGAGCCUCGGAAUCCCGAUCGCCUCAUCCUUUGCACCUUCGCUGCUGCCUCUGUGGGACUGGUU